CAGACAGCAAGUGUGAAAAUCGGGACAGCAUGGGGGGGGGUCAUAGGAGCCUAUAUAAGAAAAACCCAAAAAUGGGGACAUCUGGUCACCCUAUGCGGGUGGCUGUAGCAGCACGUGGUGCCCGCGUUGUCACAGAGUGACACCUGGCUACUGGAACAACUGAAACCCUCGCUGUCUUCGGCAGCCCCUGGCUAUCCUCCUUUGGCGCCGUGCGAACCUGGGAGGCGGGGGCCUGCUCUAAAUUACAGACAGAACAAAGAGCUGCCCUUUUGCUCCAGUCCCACUCCAGCCCCCGUUCCUGAGCUGCUCCUCUGUGGCUGCCGUUAUCUCUAGCCCCAGAGCCGGGCACCAAGGGUUUCUUUGGAAGGGCUGGUGCAUACCCAGAAAGAAGCCAGUUGUGCUUGCUCUGAGCUAGCUGCCAGUAGCCCUAGCAUGUGUCUAGCUUCUGAGGUGAAUGACCAUGUUUGCGAAGGGCUUUGAAGAUGACCAUCGCAGAGGCUGGAGGGUUUUGUGGCUAAAGCCCAGGACUGGGAAUGGGCAGAUCUGGACCCCUCCUUGGCUGUGAGACCUUGGGCAAGACACAUGACUUGAGAUUAGAGACCUGGCUGCUGGACAAGAUCAGGGUGAGGGAAGUGGAGUGUGUGUGAGCAGCAUGUGAUUCUAGAGCAGAGACAAGUGCCCCUUAGUACAUGGAUCCAUAGAGCUUCCAAGUGUAACCAGCGCCCAGUUCUGCCAGCGCUGUUCAUGGGAGUUCGCUCCUGCAGUAGUUCCAUGCUCCCCGAGUGGAUUAGGCCUCGCACUGCCCAUUUUGCAUGUGGGGAAACUUGAGAACGAGUAAAUGACUAAAGCUUCCCUGGCAGGCGGGGACCCCGUCUAAGUGGCUAUCCUGGUGAUGCAACACAAAUGUCCCCUUGGGACAAUGGAUGGGUGUCUCCACGAUUCCAAAUCAAUGCCACUCAACUCACAUGGCAGAAGAGCCUUUUUAUUUUCUCCCCAACUCCCCCUAGGAUCUGAAAGUCAAGCUGGGUUCCCCUGCCUCCCUCAGCAGCCCCAGCAAUGCUGGUUCUGCUGUAGGACCCCGGCUGUCCCUUUUGCUGGUGCACAAGAUGGAGCAGUUCCUGCAGGGCUAAGGGCUGGGUGGCGUCAGCCAAGGCAGCAGGUCUGGCAUGAAGAGACACAGCGCAGCCGUGUGAAGUAUUUACCUUAUUCACACACACACACCUCAAAGUUCUUGUUUCGAUUUCCUUGGUCUGGGUUUUGCAAAGAGCUCAGCUGCUGCUCUCCCAGCCGAGAGGAAACCCCAGCGCUGGACCGGAGACGCUGCCGUCUGAUGCAGAUAACUUCCACCUUGAGAUCAGUGCAGCUUUUCCAUGCUUCUGAGGUGAAAAGCCAAACCCGCCGCUCUGCCAAGCCCUUCAGGCAAAGUCCCCUUUGGGGCAGGGCACCGCGUGGGCUGAAACCAGCUGGGAGGGGGGUUGUUUACAAAACUCCUCCACAGCCCUUGCUUUCACACACUGCUCCUGCUAACACUGGCCAGGGGUCGGGGACACCCCCCAGGGGCUGGUCCCUGUGAGAGGCGUAGGAGUCUGCUCCGGCCUGGCCUGGCUGGAGCACCAGGAGUGGAGGCUGCUUCGGGGCCCAGCGCUGCUUGUGUAUUUCCUGGCCAGGAACGGGGCUGGCAGUGGGGUUUGAACAGCUGCCCAUUUCCGAGGCUCGGGCUGCAGUGCCCCUGGCAAGGGGAAGUAUGUAACCCCUGGGAACCUAGCAUGGUCCUUUGUUCCCCUUCCCCUCCAGGUGUGUGACUGCUGGGGAUGUGCACAUACAUCCCCAAAUUGCUGGUUCAGUCCCUGGCGGUGACCCAUCGUCAGUGCUUCAGAAGGUGCUGUUUUUAUAGGGUCUCUCUCCUAAUGGUAAACACACUCUGGCCGAACAGCCAAAUCCCUGUGGCCCCCGUAACCCCUCAGCAAAGCUGCUCUUCCUGGGGGUUUGCUUGCUGGCUCUUCCCACCCCCAGGUCCCUGCAGCUUGGAGCCCUGCCUGCAUGGAGGGGAGCUCAUCUGACACUCCUCGAAUUACCUGCGCUCCGGGAUCAGAUUCGCUGGGCUGAGAGCUGAAGCCAUCUAUAAUUCAGCAGGGGCAGCUACCAUUGUGGCCCUGAAAGCAGGGCGCCACGAUGCUGCGGAGAUCAGGCCGGCGAAGCAAGAAGACUGGCGAGGAGGGGGAGGAGGAGAAGUCCAUGGAGAACGGAGUGUCCCCAGAGCAGGGGGCCACAGAGGCCUCGCCUGAAGUGGGGAGAGCUGGGGAUGGUGCCCCCGCUGCCUGCUCGCAGCCCUCCCUGCGGGUCCGGCCCAGGCUGAUCUUCCACACGCAGCUCGCCCAUGGCAGCCCCACGGGCAAGAUCGAGGGCUUCACCAACGUGAAGGAGCUGUAUGCCAAAAUCGCCGAGGUCUUCGACAUCUCUCCCACCGAGGUGAGGCAGGAGCAGCGUGGGGGGUGGGGUGAGCAGGGGGUAACCCAGCCGAAGCGCCAGGAUACCUGAGCCUGACGCACCUGCGCCAGUGCCGAGGCUCCCCACUGCCCUCGAUCGGUGGGGGGGGUCUGCUGUUCGCCUUUGGAGCCCUGCACGUUCCAGCUGCUGGCGCUGGUCACCAGAGGGUUAACGCCAAGCUCUCUGGUUACAGCUGCAGGACGCCAUGGAGCGUCUGCCCCGGGUAAUCAGCAAUGCACCAGGGUCCGUCUGGUCCCUGCCGUUCCUGUACGGUCAUUACCAAGCCUCCUGUGGGCUCUAGUCCCAGCUCCACCGUGACUCUCUCUGUGACCCCGGGCAAGACACGGCUCCCCUCGGUGCCUCAACUUCCCCAUCUUACCCACCUUUCCAAAGAGCUACACCUAGAAGCGGCGUAAUCAGUACGGGUGAUAAGAACUCUGGUCAGUCCCCUUGGCUAAGGAACAAUCAGGACCAGUUGGCCCAGGUUUAUCUAUGCAGUGGCUGUCAGCCUACCCUAUGGGGCUGGGUGCUCUGAGCUGAAUGGCGCUAGGAGAGGCACGUUAUUCCACCGAUUGGGUGGACCUCUCGCCUUCGCUCCAGCCCAGGCGAGUUGUGACUCUCACUUGUUACCCUCUGAUGCUGCUCAGACGCUUGCAGGAAAUGGGUGUCGCUCUCGUGUGGGCAGAGCUGGGACUGCCCCUUAGCGCCCUUGUGUUGUUCCUGUUCACGCUUAGUUCACUACUUCUGGACAGGGCCGCAGGAACCCGUGCUGCUGCGGGUGCCCUCUGGGAGCCUGCCCCUGCCCCUCCAUCUUGUCGGGGUCAAGCUUGCGAUCUCAGCUGUGGCUCUGGCAGCAUAGUGUACGGGAGACACCAGGUCCAUGUCUCAGAAAUUCACCCUAGUUAUUCUUUAGUGCAUCCUAGAGGCCCCAACCGAACCCAGGCCCUGAUUGUGCUGGGCGCUGCACAAACACCGUCAGCCAGGCCCUGUCUCCGAAGAGUGUGAAAUCCAAACAAACCCGACGGGGAAGGAUGGUUAUCCCCAUUUUACAGAUGGAGACACUGAGGCACAGAGCAACUAAGAAAUUUGCCUGAUCUGUCAGAGUCAGGGAAUGUACUGAAUCCAGUCUGGUUAAUUAACCAACAGCCAACCUGCUUCUAUCAUAACAAAACAACAAAACCCCAUCAUGUUUGUGGUUUGAAAAUGCACCUAGUUUUGCCCACUCUGAGUUGCAGACCCUGGAGUUCCCGUGAAGGCUGCGUGGGGACAGCUCAGUUCUGUGGGUUAUUCGUUUAGUUUUGCACGGUGAUGAUCACCCGAAAGGCGUUUGGCUCAGGGUGCUGCUCAGUAAUGAUGUGGGCUUGUCGCGUGUGGUCGAGGGCCUCCGUUUUCACAAGCGGCUGCAGUCGGGAAUGGGAACGUCUCCCACAAACGCAAGGCUCGCUUCUCCGAUUGGCCCAUUUCCCUUUUCUCGAGGCAAACGCCUUUCACGUGAUCAUCCAUGCACAAAAAUAGAUCAAAUAAGCCCCAGGACCAGCUUGUUUCCCCCCCCCCCCCCCCGGCAAAAAGCAGAAUUCCAAGGUCUGCAACUCAAAAUGGGCAAAAAGAGGUAAUUUCCCACACGCGGGUGGGGGCACCAUGGUUCUGGGUGCUCUGUGCCCCUCUGGUGUAUGCCAGCCGCUGCCCCGCUGAGCUGUCGGGCAGAGUGUGUUCCAAGCUCCCCGCCCCGGUGGGCAGAACGGUGAGGGAGCUGCUCUCUGGCAGAUCCUUUUCUGCACCCUCAACACCCACAAGGUGGACAUGCAGAAGCUGUUGGGGGGCCAGAUCGGCCUGGAGGAUUUCAUCUUCGCACAUGUGCGGGGCGAGACCAAGGAGGUGGAGGUGACCAAGACAGAGGAUGCGCUGGGGCUGACCAUCACCGACAACGGGGCGGGCUAUGCCUUCAUCAAGAGGAUCAAGGACGGGAGCAUCAUGAACCGCGUCCAGACCGUGCGCGUGGGCGACAGCAUCGAGGCCAUCAACGACCAGAGCAUCGUGGGCUGCCGCCACUACGAAGUUGCCAAGAUGCUGCGGGAGCUGCCCAGGGCCCGGCCCUUCACCCUGCGGCUGGUGCAGCCCAAACGGGCCUUUGAUAUGAUCGGGCAGAGGACCAAGAGCAGCAAGUGCCCGGGCGAGGGCAAGGUGGCCAGUGGCAAGGAGACCCUGAGGCUGCGUGCCCGGGGCACCGCCAGCCUGGAGGAGGUGCCCAGCGCCUGGGAGGAGGAGGCUGCCCGGAGGGUGGACGACCUGCUGGAGAGCUACAUGGGCAUCCGGGACGUGGAGUUAGCCUCAACCAUGGUGGAGGUGGCCCGGGAGUGCCUGAGCCCCGUGGAGUUUGCCAAGAGCCUGGACUCAGUGCUGGGCGAGUUCGCGUUCCCGAGCGAGUUCGUGGCCGAGGUCUGGGCCGCCAUCAGUGGAGCCAAGGGGGGCAGGAAAUAGGGGGGGCUGAGCACUUGGCCUGUGACGCCUGCCCCCCGGCCAUGCGCUCCCUACUGUCCCAGCUGCAGCCCCCGUCCUCCUGCUCCGGGGGGAGCCCUGCGGUGCCCGCACUGGCUGGCUGGGCCCAGCUCCUGCCCCAGAGAGGCCCCACACCGAGCUGGGCAUGGGCUGGCGAGGGCCCCUCCAAGGAACCCAGGGGAUCUGCCUCAGGCCCCAGUUAGAUGGGGUGGUGGACCCGGGAGGAGGGGAAGGGCAGUCCCUGCAGGCUCAGGGCUAGUCCAGGCCGUGGUGCCCAUCCUGGCUAUGAGCCCAAGAGCUGGCAGCUCCUCAGGGCCUCAGUGGGUCCCUCCCCUGGAGCCACCGUCCAUCGCUGCCUCCCCCUUCCGCCCCCUGCAUAGCAGCCAGGGCUGGGGCUGAACCCAGGGGGCAGUUGGGGGAACCCUGGAGAGGGGGGGACAGGCCAGGACUCAUGUGGGGACAGUGGGGUUGGUGUGACUCUGACCUUUUCCUCUCCCUUUGCGCGAUGACUUCCCCCACCCGCAGCCAGUGGGCGAGGGGGGCAGAGGCCUGCUCUGGGGGCUGAGGUGGGCAGGGGCCCGGCUCUGGGGGCCAGGGCCCAGC